AUGCAGACAGUGGUGCUUCUCCUCAUCGUGGGGCUCGUUGAUCUGAGCACGGGUCAGCGUUUCAGCCAACUCCAAUGGCUGUCCCACCUGCGGGGACGCCGCCGCCACAUUGCAAGUCACUGGACCACCAGCGAAGACUGCCCCCUGGAGUGUGACUGCCCCUCUAGCUUCCCCACGGCGAUGUACUGUCACAGCCGCAACCUUCAGCACGUCCCCUACGUCCCCUCACAUAUAAAAUAUGUCUACCUGCAGCGUAACCAGAUCACAGGCAUCCAGGAUGGGGUAUUUGACAAUGCCACCAACUUGGUGUGGGUUGUGCUGUUCCAGAACCAGCUCAGCUCAGACAAGAUAGGCAAGAACGUCUUCAGCAAGCUCAAGAAUCUCGAUAAGCUCUACUUGAACCACAAUGAGCUCACUCGAGUCCCGCCCAAUUUGCCCAAGUGUAUCACAGACCUGCGACUUGGCCACAACAAGAUCUCGAAAAUCCUUUCCAACUCAUUUGAGGGGAUGACCAACCUCACAAACCUUCAGCUUCGUUCAAACGUCAUCGAAGAAGUUGGAGGUGCACUCAAGGGACUGAAGUCUCUGACCAUGCUGGACAUGAGGAAGAACAAACUGCGGAAGAUCCCUGACCACCUCCCUGAGAGGCUGCAGCAGCUUUACCUGGAGUUUAACAGUAUCGAGAGCGUACCGGUGGACUUUCUCCCCAUGUAUCCCAAACUGCAGUUUGUCAGGUUAGCCCACAACAAGCUGACAGACAAAGGGAUUCCUUCCAACGUCUUCAAUGUCAGCACGCUGGUCGAACUUGACCUCUCCCACAACAAACUGGAAAAGAUCCCCACAGUCAGUAGGAGCCUAGAAAACCUUUAUUUACAAGCCAAUAAGAUCAAAGAGUUCUCCCUGGGCAGUUUUUGCAGAGUGGUUGACAUGACAAACUUCUCCAGGCUGAGAGUGCUGCGCUUGGAUGCCAAUCAGAUCAGCGUCAAAGACAUUCCUGCUGAGGCUGCCUACUGUUUACGCCUUGCUGCCUCCAUCGACCUGUAG